GCUCACCUCUAAAUCAGUCAGGCAACAGAACUCUCUCACAAACAGGCUCGAGCCCUUUGUUGCCAACAACAAAGCUCGUUUCCACGGCAUCAUCGGGUCCUAUAUAUAACAAUAGCAUCACCGCAGAAACCUAAACACAAGAUCUCUCCUUCACACGAGACCAGCCGUCCAGAAUGCGUGAGUGUAUCUCAGUCCACGUUGGCCAGGCAGGUGUGCAGAUGGGAAAUGCCUGCUGGGAGCUGUACUGCUUGGAGCACGGUAUCCAGCCUGAUGGUCAGAUGCCCAGCGACAAAACCAUUGGUGGAGGAGACGACUCCUUCAACACUUUCUUCAGUGAGACUGGAGCUGGCAAGCACGUUCCCAGAGCGGUCUUCGUGGAUCUGGAGCCCACUGUCAUUGAUGAAGUCCGCACUGGUACCUACCGCCAGCUCUUUCACCCAGAGCAGUUAAUCACAGGGAAGGAAGAUGCUGCCAACAACUACGCCCGAGGUCACUACACCAUUGGCAAGGAGAUAAUUGACCUAGUGUUGGACAGAACCCGCAAACUGGCUGACCAGUGCACUGGGCUUCAGGGAUUCCUGAUUUUCCACAGUUUUGGUGGAGGUACCGGCUCUGGCUUCACCUCCCUGCUGAUGGAGCGUCUGUCUGUUGAUUACGGAAAGAAGUCCAAGCUAGAGUUUGCCAUUUAUCCAGCUCCACAGGUCUCCACAGCUGUGGUGGAGCCUUACAACUCCAUCCUGACCACCCACACCACCCUGGAGCACUCCGACUGUGCCUUCAUGGUAGAUAACGAGGCCAUCUACGACAUCUGCCGUAGAAACCUCGAUAUUGAGCGUCCCACCUACACCAACCUCAACAGGCUGAUUGGUCAGAUCGUCUCCUCCAUCACCGCCUCUCUGCGCUUCGAUGGAGCUCUUAAUGUAGAUCUGACCGAGUUCCAGACCAACCUGGUGCCCUACCCUCGUAUUCACUUCCCUCUGGCCACCUAUGCCCCCGUCAUCUCUGCUGAGAAGGCCUACCAUGAGCAGCUCUCUGUGGCUGAAAUCACAAACGCCUGCUUCGAACCAGCCAAUCAGAUGGUGAAGUGCGAUCCACGGCAUGGUAAAUACAUGGCCUGCUGCCUGCUGUACCGUGGUGAUGUGGUGCCCAAAGAUGUGAACUCCGCCAUCGCUACCAUCAAGACCAAACGUACCAUCCAGUUCGUGGACUGGUGUCCCACUGGCUUCAAAGUGGGCAUCAACUACCAGCCCCCCACUGUGGUUCCUGGAGGAGACCUGGCCAAGGUGCAGAGGGCCGUCUGCAUGCUGAGCAACACCACAGCCAUCGCUGAGGCCUGGGCUCGUCUGGACCAUAAGUUUGAUCUUAUGUACGCCAAGAGAGCCUUCGUCCACUGGUACGUUGGAGAGGGAAUGGAGGAGGGAGAGUUCUCAGAAGCCAGAGAAGACAUGGCUGCUUUGGAGAAAGAUUACGAAGAGGUCGGCACUGACAGCGUCGGGGAUGAGGGCGAGGAAGAGGGAGAAGAGUAUUAAUGUCACUUAAGUCUUCAUUUCUAUCAUUUGCUAAAGUUAUUUGCACAAAUGUAGUAUUUGUAUGUCAAUAAAAUGAUAUUUCCAUCAAAGAA